AUGUCUACCACGGAAAAGGUACCCAAGCAGCCCCUUCAUCCGACGAUCAUAUCAAGACUUGAUCCAGAAUACGUUAAAUUCCAUGAGGAAGUCCUCCAAUAUAUCACUCCUCCUCAUACUCUCUCUUGGGAUCCGGCCCUCCGAAAUGCGCCUGCAGUACCGGGAAGUACUGAGCCGCUCAAGGUUCAUAAGACGCAGGACUUUGAUUUAACUCACACCAAUAUGCGUGCCUUCACGCCGGAAGGCGAAGCACCCACUGCAGGCUGGCCGGUCUUUAUUUUCUUCCACGGAGGAGGAUGGACGUUUGGAACUAUCGGGAGUGAGGCGACAUUCGCAACGAACAUGUCUGUCCGUGCCAAAUGUAUUGUCAUUUCGGUGAAUUAUCGUUUGGCACCAGAGCACAAGUAUCCUAUUGCGGUCGAAGAUGCGGUGGAAUCUUUGCAAUGGGUGUUGAGGAAUGGGAAAACAGAGUUGAAUAUCGAUACGGCCAAGAUUACAGUAGGAGGUUCCUCGAGUGGAGGCAAUCUCGCUGCAAUUCUUGCUUUGAAAGCAGCUGAACCUUCAUUCACGCCUCCACUACCCUCUCCGUUGGUUUUCCAGCUCCUCGUCGUUCCGGUAACCGAUAACACAGCGACUGAUGGCCCAGGUGGGUUAUGGGAAGAGAACAAGCACACCCCAUGGCUUUCUCCUGCUAGAAUGAACUGGUUCAAGGACAAUUACCUUCCUAACAAAGAAGACUGGACCAAGUGGACCGCUUCUCCCAUAUUUGCCCCAGCAGAAUUGUUAGCAAAGACACCUAAUGCAUGGAUCGGGCUCGGAGAGCUUGACAUAUUGAAAGGUGAGGGUGUGAAAUAUGGAGAGAAGCUGAAAGAGGUAGGAGUAAAGGAAGUCGAAAUCGUGAUAUAUAAGGGUGGGCCUCACCCGAUCAUGGCUAUGGAUGGUGCGGCUGUCAAAUUGGGAGCAAAACUCAUCACGGAUGCUGCUACUGCCUUGAAUAAAGCUUUUAACGCAGCAUAG